AUGUUGACAAAAAAAGGCGGCGAGCAACUUUUUUCAGAGCUCGUAUUGGGGGGCUGCCCAGCCGCGGCGACGGGUCCUCAAGUCCAUGCUGCAUCCCUGCCGCUGCAGAGCACGCAAGAACCUCUGGGUCUGGUGCAUCUGUGCAAGGCGCUUUCAUCGCCAAUAGCACUCGUGUCGCGACAGGCCAGCUUGGCCAACCCCACACCACGGGAGGCUGCUGGCGCCGACCCCAAUGGUGCGGUCGCAGCCAUGACCACCACGGGGCGCAGGACGGCGGUCUCCGAGCUGUCAGAGCCGUUCGACGCAGAGCGCGCCAUCGCAGCUUUCGAACGCUCAACUUCCUGGGUAAUGGCUCCGGAGGGACCGGGGGAGCAGGAUGGUUGCAUAGGGCGUGGCACUCUCCUGGACUUUUACCUGAUGCAAGUCUGA